UCCCUAACAUUUGCUGAAAGGCUGUGUAAGCGUUGCUUUUCUGGGCUAAGUAAUAGUUUGCUGAAUCAAGAUGAUGAAACUGUGUGAAGGAAGAAGUGGAUACUUCAUUUUAAUAUUUCUCUUCUAUCUAUUCACAGGGCUCAGUUCAAUAUCUAGGUGCACGGUUGAAGAUGAAUACUACAUAUUAAAAUGCAAUUGGGAAAACCCCCAGCUAAUUAAACGUUUAUUGAAAAAAAAUGGAACUUAUAUUACUUGGUACAAAUACACCGACUCAAAUACCAAAGUGAAUCUCUCAGCUGAGGUCAAUGAUAGAGUCAUUGCAAAUGGAGAAACACUUCAGUUCUGGCCUCUGCAUUUAAAUGAUACUGGAAUGUACAGCUGUGCUGUAGAAAAUAUAACAAGCAGACAGGAAAAACUAAAUGUGUUGAUAAAAAAUCAGGACAGUUGUUACAAUUCUUCUUGUAUAAGUCAUAAUCCUUCAAAAACAGGGACAUAUGCAAAUAUCAAAAUCGACCUAUAUCAUGAAUACACAGAUGGCGAGCACUCCAUUGUGUGGUACAAGGACUGUAAAUGGUAUAAAGAAGAUGAAAAGGAAAUUUCAUUUAAUGAAGUACAGCGCUCAGAUGCUGCAGACUAUACUUAUGUAAUUACACGUAUUCAUAAAGGAAAGAGUUACAAAUGUUCAAGAAAAACAAUUCUAACUGUUGAAGAUCCAAUAGAAUUUGUAAAGCCAACUAUCAGUGGUGAGAAAAAUGUUACUGCAGAGAUAGAACUAGGUCAAAAUCUGUCUGUUGACUGCGAAGUCUUCUAUGGAUAUGACAACAAAACACUAACUCUUGUGUACUGGCUUUAUGUAGAUAAGAAUAAAAUAGACACUAAUGAUGUGUAUGAAUUUGUGAACGAAUGUGACAAUUUCAGUAGUACAACAUGUUAUACUGAGCUAAGGUCAAAGGAUAAUGAUGGUAAACUGUUUGCUAGAACAGACUUACACUUAAUAAACAUCACAGAAGAAGAUGUUAUGUACCCUUAUAAAUGUCAAGCACAAAACACCAAUGGAAAUGACGAAAAGUUUGUUUCGUUAAAAAAAAAAGAGAAAAGUCCAGAUAUUUCCCAUGGAGUAUUCACAACAUCAAUGGCUGUAUCCAUUACUUGCUCCAUCUGCAUUGUACUCAUUGUCGUUCUAUGUGUGGUAUUAAGAAUAGAAAUAGUUUUACUAUAUCGGCGCCUGAGACGAAUUGAUGAGACCAUUGGAGAUGGAAAGGAGUAUGAUGCUUAUGUAUCUUAUGUGAAUCAUUCUAUGAAUGACUCUGAAGAGACAAAGUCUGUAUUAAAUACUCUACCUAGCAUUCUGGAAAAUUAUUUUGGUUACAAGUUAUGUAUUUUUGACAGAGACAUUGUUCCAGGAGGUGCAAUAGUUGAUGACAUGGACUCAUACCUUGAAAAAUGCAGACGGCUAAUCAUACUCCUGAGCCAGAAUUUAAUAUCUGACGAAGUGUUGUAUGAGCUUGAAAGUGGACUACACAAAGCUUUGGUAGAAAGAAAGAUUAAAGUUAUUUUGAUUGAAUGUACUCCUUUCAGUGAACUGAAAGCCAUACCAGAGUCACUGCAACUACUUAAGGCCAGCAGCAGAGUUAAAUGGGAAGGGGAUAAGUCCCGUCCACUGAAAUCUCGAUUUUGGAAACAAAUCCAGUAUCUAAUGCCAGCCAAGCCAAUUAAACCAAGAUUUUCAUUUUUAAAAGCUGGAAAGAGUUUUCUGCCUUACAAUGUCAGUGGUGAAUAUGACAUACUAGAAGUCCUUCACAUUAUUCCAGAGGUCACAGGCAGGACACUUUAUCACAGCAGUGGAACAGCUGACGCUACUACAAAUCCAGUAAACUACUACUGGAUGCGGGGCUCAGGACCCCAUGCCAAUCUUGGUCCCUGGAGCAAUUGUUCCAUGUGCUCCUUGGUUAAUCCAGCCCUGUCAGCAACACCUGAUUGUACAGAGGAUUUAUUCUACAACAGCUGUGAAUAUGUUAAUGAGCUGAACAUCAUGAGGACCAAAGUCUACAGCAGUUGGAAUUAG